AUGGCGUCGCUGAAUAGUAGCGCUGUCGUCUGCGUGAUUUGCUUGGAGAAACCCAAAUACCGCUGCCCCGCCUGCCGCGUGCCCUACUGCUCAGUGGGAUGUUUCCGGAAGCACAAAGGGGAGUCUGCAGCAUUAAGAAGCCUACUCCUACUGUUCAGUCCACACCUUAGACAGUUGAUGGUCAGCCUCAAUCAGGGGGACAAGGCAAAGCUCAUGAGGGUCUACAUGCAGGAGCCCUUGUUUGUGGAGUUUGCUGACUGCUGUUUAUGGAUUGUGGAACCAUCCCAGGAUAAGGAUUCUUAA